AUGACUUCAACCCAGCCGACUAACACGUACCCCGAUCUAGAAUAUGAGGAAGCUCACAUUCGGACUUUUACACCACGUAAAGACCGACCAAUCAGUUUGGUUCUGCCACCCGGGAUCAACCAGGAAACCUUCGAGAAAGCGGUCGAAGAAUUCGCCUUGGCUAUCGGAAAGGAUCAAGUAUUUGUCAAGGAAGCAUUGGCCCAAUACAUCGAUCCAUAUGACCUUCAUGACGACGAUAAUUCAAAGCGAAAGGUGCCGAGCGCAGCUGUAUGCCCUGGUUCAAUGGACGAGCUACGUGCUGUGCUCCAAACAGCAAACAAGUUUGGGAUUCCCGUAUGGACCUUUUCUCGGGGAAAAAAUCUUGGAUACGGCGGACCUGCUCCCCGAGUGAAUGGCUCUGUUGCUCUGGACCUUCAUCGUAUGGACAAAGUCAUUGAGGUCAACGACAAGCAUGCAUACGCUGUUGUAGAGCCGGGCGUGACAUUUCAUGACCUUUACAAGUAUUGUGUGGCCAACAAAAAGAAGGUAUGGCCAAGCACGCCUUCGCUUGGCUGGGGUAGCGUGGUAGGAAAUUCCCUUGAGCGUGGUACCGGUUUUGGAUCGAACUCGAACCAUAACCAAUCCAUCACAGGCAUGGAAGUUAUGCUCGCGGACGGAGACUUGGUUCGAACCGGCCAGUUCGGCAUCACAAACUCUCCUUCGGCAUUCCUGUCGAAGUUUACCUUUGGGCCAUCAGUAGAAGGCCUCUUCCUACAGAGCAAUUUGGGGAUAGUGACGAAACUCGCGAUAUGGUUGACCCCUGCGCCUCCUGCGUUCAUGUCCUGCCGCCUAACUAUGCCCGAAGAAGAUGAUAUCAAGACUUUGAUUGACGCUGUUGGAAGAAUGCGUCGAUCUGGCUUGAUACCCAACGUCGUCUGGGUGGGAAACUUCAUAGAACGGCUAUGUAUUCGAGGCAAACGAAGAGACUUCUGGCAGGGUGAAGGUGCCAUCCCCGCGGAGCGCUUGCUCGAGUUGCAAAAAGAACUGAAAGAAGAUUAUUGGACUGCCUCAUUCGGUCUCUAUGGUCCUGCGAAAGUUAUCGAAGCCCAGUUCAAUGAAAUCAAGCAGCAACUAGAAGUACAGGCACCCACAGGUACGGUGACCGGGCAUCUGUAUGCAGGAAGCCACGGUGAGCCCCUAGAUGCUGCCUCGGUUCCCUUCGAACAUGGACUCUACAUGGUGGGUAUCCCCUCCAUGUUUAGUCUCCCAUUGAUGGACUGGGCUCUAAAAGACGAUGCAACUGGAAAAGGCGCACAUGGAGACUAUGCUCCUGUCAUUCCUCACUCUGGCGAGAAAGUUUUGGAGAGCCGCGCUCACAAUGACUGUCAAGAUCUUAUUGCUGAGCACAAUGACUUUAACAACCAUGCAUACUUGAGGUUUGUCGAAACGCUCAAGGAUUCUGUCGACCCCAACGGCAUCUUAUCACCAGGAAAGCAAGGCAUCUGGCCCAAAAAGUACAGGCAUCUGCGAGAAGGCGGAGCGAACCCGAAGGCACCCUAG